GACCUACCAAUUCAAGCACUGGUCUCUCUCUCUCUCUCUCUCUCUCUCUCUCUCUCUUCGUAUUGUCCACAUAAUUAAGAAUUUUAGACUUGUUUUAUCGUUAAAGAAUCUAAUAUACUUACAUAUGUUGAUGUUCCAAAAGCACAACUCAAAGAAGAAGAAGAAGAAUAUCAAUGAAGGUCUCUGUUCUUAUGCAUUUGUUAGUAGCAGCUGUAUUGUUAGUAGUUCCUGUUACUAAUGCUUUGAGCAGGGAUGAUUUUCCACCUCACUUCUUGUUCGGGGCAUCAACAUCAGCUUAUCAGGUUGAAGGUGCAGCAGAUGAAGAUGGCAGGAAGCCAAGCAUAUGGGAUACCUUCGCACAUGCUGGCAAUGCAAAGAUGUACAGUGGUGACGGAGACAUUGCAUGCGAUCAGUAUCACCAAUAUAAGGAAGAUGUCCAACUCAUGGCCAAAAUGGGCUUAGAUGCCUACAGAUUUUCCAUAUCAUGGUCAAGACUUAUUCCAGAUGGGAAAGGACCAAUCAAUUCCAAGGGAUUACAGUAUUACAACAACCUUAUCAAUGAACUAAUAAACCAAGGAAUUGAAGCACAUGUCACAUUACAUCAUUGGGACCUACCACAAGCACUUGAAGAUGAAUAUGGAGGAUGGGUUAGUCGAAGAGUUGUAAAAGACUUCACGGCAUAUGCAGAUGUGUGCUUCAGAGAGUUUGGUGAUAGAGUUAAAUAUUGGACCACAGUGAAUGAGGGAAAUGUGUUUGCAAUUGGGGGCUAUGAUACAGGAUUUCUACCACCUCAGCGGUGUUCUCAUUCCUUUAUAUUUAACUGCUCCCAGGGAAAUUCUUCAACUGAACCAUAUAUGGUAGCCCAUCAUAUUUUGUUAGCACAUGCAUCAGCUGCUAGAUUGUAUCGGAAGAAGUAUCAGGACAAGCAACGGGGAUUUAUUGGGUUUAAUCUUCUCGUUUUUGGUUUUCUUCCUUUAACAAAUACUAGUGAAGAUAUAAGUGCCGCUCAAAGGGCCCAAGACUUCUAUAUUGGGUGGUUUCUGAAUCCCUUAAUUUUUGGAGAGUAUCCUGACAUCAUGAAAAGGAAUGGUGGCUCAAGGCUUCCUUUCUUCACCAAAAGUGAAUCAAAUCUGGUUAAGGGCUCAAUGGACUUCCUUGGAAUAAAUUUUUACUACUCAUUUUAUGUUAAGAACAGCCCUGGCAGCCUCCUGAUAAAGGAUAGAGAUUACAUGGCAGAUAUGGCUGUUGAACUAGAAACCUUCACUGAAAAUGGUACUUCUACAUAUGAGGUUCCAAUUACACCCUGGAUUUUGCAAAGUUUGCUUCACUCAUUGAAGAACAUUUAUGGCAAUUUUCCAAUUUACAUUCAUGAAAAUGGUCAACAAACACCUCGGAAUUCGUCAUUGGAUGACUGGCCAAGGGUGAAGUUCUUUCAUGAAUACAUUGGUAGCAUGCUUGAUGUACUAAGGAAUGGGCUGAAUGUACGAGGAUAUUUUAUAUGGGCCUUGUUGGAUGUGUUCGAGUUAUUGGGUGGAUAUGAAUCUAGUUAUGGGCUAUAUUACAUAGAUCUUAAAGAUCCAAGCUUGAGGAGGCAACCCAAGCUUUCUGCUUUGUGGUACUCAAAUUUUUUGAACAAUAGGACUACAGACCGAAAGAUCACAAUGGAAAUUGAGAAGAAUGUAUCUCUGCUCUCCAGCACUCCCUUAUUGCAUAAUGCCACUUAAGUAAUCUGGACUAGUUAAUAUUGAAGUUUUUCUUCCUUUUUUCUUUUUUUUUUAUCGUAAUAUGCUACUUUUUGUGAUUGAGCGAGAGAAUAAAGUGACAUGAUUUAUGGUGUAAGUUUAUGAAAAUUGUUAUAAUUUAAUCGAUAUGACACGAGGUAUUUUUUCUAUUAUAUUAUGAA